AUGGACACUGAAACAGAUUACUCAAUACAAUGUCCAAUGUGCUCAAGAUCUAUUCAUGCAACGAUGUUUCAAGAUCAUUAUAAUCAUUGUUUGGAGGAGAGUGAUCAUCAGCAGGCAUUGAAGUUUCAAGAGGAGGAAGGUCAACAUCAUAACAAUGUGAUAGAUGUUGAUCAGCCAAUGAUUGACGUCGAUGCAUCGGACUAUGAUGAUGAGGGCGACUAUAAUGUAGACCAUGAUCACUAUAACAUCGACAAAUAUAAUGACCAUCCAAUGACACCAACAACAUCGACCACUACUACCUCUACCGCCACACCUACACCUCUACCUCCAACAACCACAACAACAACGACAACAACUACAACAUCAACACCAAGUACACCAAAGACACCAAAGACACCAAUGACAUCAACAACUUCAACAACAUCAACGAGCAAUAACAACAACAACAAUAAUAAUAACUCAUUUGUUGGAUUGCUCAACUCAUAUCUCUUUGGCAAUGUGAUUGGAAAUGCACACAAUGUAGACACCUCAGACGAAGAUGACUAUGAAGAUGAUCAUCACCAUAACAACAACCUCAAUAACAACAAUAACAACAAUGAUAAUGGAGACAGAGAUAAUAUUGGAUACACAGAUGUAUAUGUUUCAGAUGAUGGAUCAAGUAGACCAACAAGCUUUGUACUGAUGAGCAAUGGAGAGUUGGACGAUGAAUAUAAAUCACUGAUGUUGGCAAAGCAACUGCAAGAGGACGAGAGGAAAGAGAAGUUGGCCCAAGAGGAAGAGGAGAACAAGCGACUGGUACUGGAGAUGCUCGAACAAGAGCGACUCUCUCAUGAACAAGAGAUGCAUGACAAGCAGCCUGACUUUGUUCUCAACUGCAUCUGCUGUAACAACAUCCAGGCGGAGCAUGAGAAUGUUGUAUUUCUCGAUGCAUGUGGUCAUGUAUAUUGUAGGCCGUGUCUGAAGCUACACGUCAUGUGCUGGGUGGACAAGAAGGAGGUGUCAAGGAUUACAUGCCAGAAGUGUAGUCUCACAUUGUCACAUGGAGACAUCACAGAGGUACUGGACGAGCAAGAGUACUCACGCUAUCACUCUGCCUCACUCGAGGAGGUCGUCACCAUGAACCAGAACUACAGCAAGUGUCCAUCAUGUAGUCUCCUCUUUGAGAAGAUCAAUGACCGCAGUCUGCAAGGCACAAACAAGGAGUUUGAUGAGAAUGGAAAGGAAUUGACUAAGGAAGCGAUCGAACAUAAGAAUAAGUGCAGGCUUAGGUGUCCUGCAUGCUCGAUUGUGUUCUGCGCAGACUGUAGGCUGACACCUUAUCACCUGGGCUUCACUUGCGAUCAGUACAAGACGUACUCAACGUCCAAGCAUUGUCGCUUCUGUCAAAACACCAUCAGCGGAUCAAACAACAGUGUGAUCUGCUCUCUGUACGAAUGCACGCUCAAGUUCCAAAAGUCGUGCAAGAAGACACUUCCAUGCGGGCAUCAUUGCAAUGGUAUCGACAAUGAAUCCAACUGUCUUCCAUGUCUGGUAGAGGAAUGUCAGAAAUCGCAUCAGAUAUCAACUGACUUUUGUAAUAUAUGUUGGAUUGAAGACUUGGCCGCUGCACCAUGUAUAAAGCUUGAAUGUGGGCACAUUUUCCACUAUGAGUGCUGCCAGAAGAAGCUGGUAAACAAGUGGAACUCGUCUAGGAUAUCAUUUGGAUUCAUGAAGUGUGCUCUUUGUCAGGAGCUUACAAAGCAUGUCGCUCUGAAGGCUGAGCUGGAUCCACUCCUGGAUCUGUACAACACGAUCAAAACUAAGGGACUACAACGACUGACCCAGUUUGGACCAGAGAAGGACGUCGAUCUGAAAGAUCCCAAAUGUCGAUGGUACAAGAAAGAGGAACAAUAUGUCAUGGACAGAUUCUCAUACUUCCCAUGCUAUAAGUGCAAGAAACCAUACUUUGGAGGAGAGAAAGCAUGUGGAGAGAAUAACGUAGACUUCAAGGCAGAGGAGCUACUCUGUGGAGGAUGCAGUUGUGAUGGAAAGGACAACUGUGCCAAACAUGGAAAAGACUACGUUGAGUACAAAUGCAAGUUCUGUUGCAAUAUGUCAGUGUUCUUCUGUUGGGGAAAGACACACUUCUGCGAUGACUGCCAUAAGAAAUCGACAGAGAUGGUGAGGACGGCUGUGGACAAGCUGCCCAAGUGCUCCUGCAACUUGAAACAUCCGCCCAAUGGAGAGGAACACUGCUUUGGAUGUUCAAUCUGUCGAAUGACUGCGGAA